GCUGGCCAUUUGAUACUUUUAUGUGUAAGAUGAGUGGGUUGGUCCAAGGCAUGUCGGUCUCAGCUUCUGUGUUCACCCUGGUGGCCAUUGCAGUAGAGAGGUUCCGCUGCAUUGUGUAUCCUUUCAGACAAAAACUAACCCUACAAGUAGCUCUGAUCAUCAUCAUCAUCAUCUGGGCCUUAGCCUUCAUCAUUAUGUGCCCCUCCGCAGUGACCUUGACUGUCACCCGAGAUGAAAACCACUUCAUGCUGGAUGCUUAUAAUAACUCUUACCCUUUUUACUCCUGCUGGGAGGCCUGGCCAAACCCCCAAAUGCGCAAGAUCUACACCACUGUCCUCUUCUCGCACAUUUAUCUUGGCCCUCUCAUCGCCAUUGUGAUCAUGUAUGCGCGGAUUGCCUUCAAGCUCUUCAAGUCCUCCGCACCUGUAAGAGGCUCCCAGUCGGAGGACAGUGAGGGAAGAAGGAUCUCCAAGAGGAAAAUAAAAGUGGUCAAUAUGCUGAUUAUUGUGGCGUUGUUCUUCAGUCUCUCUUGGCUGCCCCUUUGGAUUUUAAUGCUGCUGACCGAUUAUGGGAACCUGAACUACCAUCAGCUCAGCCUCAUCACGGUUUAUUUUUUCCCAUUUGCCCACUGGCUGGCUUUCUUUAACAGCAGCAUCAAUCCAAUCAUCUAUGGGUACUUCAAUGAAAACUUCCGGAGAGGAUUCCAAGCUGCUUUCAACAUCCACUUUUGCUCGGCAGAAAAGGAACACCAAGAAACGUAUUCUGAUCGCAAUCACGGCAGGCCUCUUUUUAGAGCACGCAAUCGGAUAUUCGUCGAAGUUCAAGGCUCUGAUUCGGUGCAGCCCUCCGAUUCUGGAGAAAGCAGUGUUUUGAAAGCAGGCUUGUUCCUGACCAAAAAUGGGCAGGCAGUUCACCGCGGGCUGAAGGUGGAGGAUUUGGACAGUAAAAGUUGCUCUCCCAAAACCGUUAGCAUCCCUGCUUGGGACCUCUGAGCGCGUUUCAAACUUCUUUGAAAUGACGAGUUGAGUUUACUAGAUGCGAGAUAUUUUCAGAAUACAGUGGUAUCUCUGUACUCAUCGUUAAGUGGUUCUGGGAAGCGCAAUAAGUACCAAAAAUGAUGAAUGCCAAACAAUUUUUGCAUAAGGAAUAAUACAGUGUGUCACAAGGCAGACAUGUUCUAGCUUGUGUGUUAUGUACCAAACAAAUGAUGAGUA